AUUCCCCACCAGCCGCCUACGUAGUUAAGACUUAAGAGGAGCAGCCGUGUAUGUAGCGCGUGCGUGCGUCCUCUUCCGUCCUCAGCAGUCGAUGGCGGAGGAACAGCGAGCUGCGGCCGAGAGGCGAGCACGGCGCAAGCUGCUGUUCGCCGUCCCCAUCAUUCCGAUCGUCUUGUUCAUCGUCGGCUCAUGCGCGCUCUUCUUGUUCGCGGCCGACCUCCCGCGCAUCCGCAUCGAGUACGCCUGCCUCAAUGGCGCCCGUGACGCUCCGCCCACGAAUUCGAAGGAGCCGCCGGAGGCCGUGGUGGUGCAGACUGUUCGCGGCGAGGAGGAGCAACGGCUGCGCCAGCUGAGCGACCGGCCGUACUCGCUCGGCCCGAACGUGGCCGACUACGACGCCCGCAGAGCGGCCUGGCUGGCCGCGCACCCUGGGUUCCCGGCCAUGGUCGCGCCGGGGCGGCCCCGGGUGCUCGUGGUCACCGGGUCGUCGCCGCGCCGGUGCACGGAGGCGGAGGGCGACCACGUGCUCCUCCGCGCGUUCAAGAACAAGGCGGACUACUGCCGCGUGCACGGGCUGGACAUCUUCUACAGCAACGCGGUGCUGGACGGCGAGAUGACGGGGUUCUGGACGAAGCUGCCGCUGCUGCGCGCGCUGAUGGUGGCGCACCCGGAGGCGGAGCUGCUGUGGUGGGUGGACUCGGACGCGGUGUUCACCGACAUGCUGUUCGAGCCGCCGUGGGGCAGGUACGCCGGCCACAACAUGGUGCUCCACGGCUGGGACGGCGAGGUGUACGGCGCCAGGAACUGGCUCGGCGCCAACACCGGCAGCUUCGUGCUCCGGAACUGCCGGUGGUCGCUGGACCUCCUGGACACGUGGGCGCGCAUGGGGCCGCGCGGCCCGGUGCGCGACCGGUACGGGAGGGUCUUCGCGGAGGCGCUGUCGAACCGGGCGGCGUGGGAGGCCGACGACCAGUCGGCGCUGGUGUACCUGCUGGCGACGGAGCGUGGCCGGUGGGGGGAGAAGGUGUUCCUGGAGAGCGCCUACCACCUGCACGGGUUCUGGGAGGAGAUCGUGGGCCGCUACGAGGAGAUGCGGAGCAGGUGGCGGCCGGGGCUCGGCGACCACCGGUGGCCGCUGGUGACGCACUUCGUCGGGUGCAAGCCGUGCGGGGAGCCAGGCGCGACCUAUGAUGCAGUGGCGUGCCGUGAGGGCAUGGAGCGCGCGCUCAACUUCGCGGACGACCAGAUACUCGGCCUCUACGGGUUCCAGCACGAGUCGCUGGGCACCACGGCCGUGCGGCGCGUCAGGAACGACACCGGACGGCCGCUGGACGACGAUGACGAGGAGAUCGGCAGGCUCCUGCACCCAGAGUUCAGGGCCGCCAAGGAGAAAUGAUGUUCUACCAUGCCGGGAUAUCCGGUGCAUGGCUAAGCCAUCCAUUUCUUGGAGAUUCGGAUACAUGCAAAUCUGGCCCGCUGUAUUCACCUUAUAUAUUGCCUAUCCAAUUGAAUUUCGAAA